AUGAAGCUCCAGGUCCUCUGCAGGUUGCAAUUGCUCGCCGGCCUCCUUUCCCUCAGUGAUGCUGCACCCGCUCGUAGGGAUGGCAGCUCAGGAAGCAAUCCUGGCUUGAGAGGAUCUGCGUCACUAGCGGGAUACUCAGCUACUGAAAAGGUGGCAAGUGGGUCCAAGCCUGACAUCAAGUACAGUCUUCUUCCCGGGCAGAAGGAAGAUCCCGAUAUCGGCUCCUAUCUGGAUUUUGAGAAUGUCAAGAACCCUCAGCCGAUCCGAGGCGAUACUGGAUCCGAUGAUCCUGGCCCCCGGAACUAUUAUUAUGAUCGGAUCAAUAGCGAUAAGCUAGCACCUCCCGGUACAGAUCAUGGCGCAACGAUCAAUGCACAGUGGCCUCUAGGACUCAGUCACAAUAGAUUGGGAAUUGAUAAUGCAGGUUGGGCUCGCCAGGAGAACACUGUUGUGAUGCCUGACGCCACUGAGAUGGCUGGUGUUGACAUGCGACUCGAGCCUGCAGCCUAUCGUGAGCUGCACUGGCACGUCGCCUCUGAGUGGUCUUUGGUGCUGAACGGCUCUUGUCGGAUCCAAGCUAUCAACGAGAACGGAGAGACAUUUGUGGACGACCUGCAGGCGGGUGAUGUAUGGUUUUUCCCACCUGGUAUUCCUCACUCCAUCCAAGCGCUCGAUGAGGGCGUCGAGUUCCUUUUGGUAUUUGACCAGGGUGAUUUCAGCGAAGACAACACUUUCCUCGCCACGGAAGUCUUUCUUCACAGUCCAAAAGAAGUUUUGGCAAAAGAUCUUGGCGUUCCCGUCUCGGCGUUCGACAAAAUUCCAGACGAUGAACUCUACAUUUUCAAGGGAACUCCGGCCCCGAAGGACAUCGAAGAGCAGAAUGUCACAACAGCGGCUGGCCCUGUCCCCCGCACGGAAAGUUAUUCCUACCACUUUUCGGAGCAGCCCGCUCACGAAGUUGCUGGGGGGUCCGUCAAGAUCGUGGACCCGCUCACUUUCCCUGUGGCUAGCAAUGUCUCUGCAGCGGUCGUCACGGUAAAUCCAGGUGGUAUGCGCGAGAUCCAUUGGCACCCAACCAGCGAUGAGUGGACCUUUUUCAUCAAGGGCCAGGGUCGUGCCACAUUGUUUACUGCUCCCAAUGCGGCGACGACUUUUGACUACCGAGCUGGCGAUGUAGGGUACUUCCCAAAGUCGAACAGUCACUAUAUCGAGAACACUGGCGACGAGGAACUGAUGUUCGUGGAGGUGCUUCAGGCGCCGCAAUUUACAGAUAUCGCGCUCGGCCAGUGGAUUGCGUCUACCCCAAGGCAGAUUAUCAAAGAUACUUUGAACCUCAGCGACAGCACUCUGAGUCAGCUCAAGACUGAGAAGCAGUAUGUUGUUGCGGGAACCAAUAAUGACUAA